CAGUGUUUUACUUCUGAUAUGAUUCUGAUUCUGAGAAGCAACUUACUAUAAGAGCCAGCACAGCAGUUCACAAUACACGGGAAUAAGAGGACGACUACAUACGAUUUAUUUCAUCACACCUGGAGAAACUAUAGACUUUCAACAGCUUUGUGAACGUUACAGGAGAUCAGGACUGAUGGAUGUAUUUUGCGCUUUGUUGCUCAUCUUUCAUCUCUUAAUUGCGGUUCAAGUGAGCGGUGAGCGCCACUCUUUCAGUGUCUCCGUGCCUCAUCAGGUCUACGAGUGUCCUGAAGGAGCCAAUGUCACUUUAACAUGUGUUCAGUCCGGAUCCAAGACAUAUUCGGAGGAUAAGAUGUGGAACACCUGGCUCUUCACCCCUCGCUCGCAGGAGCACUGCCACAAGGGUGAACAUCCACGCGGGUCCAGUCACUCCAACCGCACAAUUGGAGUGCAAUACAUCGAAGACGGCAAGUCUUUCUCUAUCAUCUUGCAGAACAUCAAGCACAAGGACCAGGGAAAAUACUGCUGUCUGCUUCUGGAAGUUCAUACCAAGCAAAAGGUGGAGCAGGGGGCCCAUGAAUUCAUCUACCUGAAUGUGGUGCCAUCGACGGCAAAUACUCGCAACGACAGUCUGAAGUGUGUGGAGUGGUCUCACAGGCCUUCAGAUGACUCGGUGGCUGAAGGUCUGGCUAUCACAGCCUGUGUUGUUUUCAUUCUGUGCCUUCCGCUCAUACUGAUGAUGGUGUACAGACAGAGACAAACAGUAGACCGACACAGACGUGCACAAGAGCUGGUGCGUAUGGACAGUGAAGCACAGGCCCAUGAGAACCCAGUGUUUUUGGGUGAUUCCCCACAACCUAAACCUCGGACUGUAUCCCAAAUAAUGAGGCAGUCGUCUGAAACAGGACGCCACCUACUGUCAGAUUCCGGCUCUCUGUUCUCUCCAAACAUACAAGGAGAAUUGUUUUUCCCAGCAAAUGAACCCAUUCCUGAGUGUCCCAACUUGAUGGAGUAAAAGACGUCACGUCCACCCUAGGAAUAACUAGUUCUUCUUCCUUCUCCUCCACAUCAUCAUGCCUCUGUUCUUCCUGUCUUCUGCAAAGAAGAUGAGGAGAGACCCACCCCCCCAAAAACGAGAACUGAACUCUCUCGUAUGACGGUGGGACCCUUUAUCUGUUGACUGUCCUUAAUAUUUCACAAGUCAGGGCACUAGGGAGAGCUGAUCACAGGGAAUUUUAAUGAAGAUGAUCCAAAGAUAUUCUUUUGUGCCAUUUAAGUUGAAAAAAAAAAUGAUUUCAGCAUUGCUGUUUGCACACGUUUCUGUUCAUCACGUGCUUUGUGUGUCAGUCACACCGUGGUUUCAUUUGCACUUAAAAGACCAUUUUACUCUCUAUCUAUCCUCAUUCUCACCUCCUUUUCAACUGAAACAAUCAGUUCAUCCGCUCUCUUUCAGAGGGAUGUAUUAAUACCUCAUUCACUCCUGUUUUACACAUCUCAGUACUCCGUUUCUCAGUGGUUAUUUCCUCCAUACACAGUAUGUCAGUGCCAAAGUACUCAGUUAUCACUUUCUCACUGAAAUGGUGCCUGUGCUGGUCCCGGUUUCGCUGCAGAUCAAACAACGGGCCUGUUUUCCAUUAAUUUUAGAGCUGAACGAAGAUGCAAAUGACUGUUUGUUUCAAAAUCUAAAAUAAUUGAUGGUUUAGUGUCUUUAUGUAACGGGCCCAGAUUGGGACCAGCACCAGCAUGUGUCGGUGGAAAAGCGAUGUUCUCAGUUACACUCACCGUCAGACCUGCUGAGAAAUGACAGGGUGUUUUAAACCCUCUCGCGGUGAGUGUGGUGCUUUUAUGAUGUAUGUAGCUUCAUGAUGCAUUCCCUCAGAAUGAGUGCAGAUUGUUCUUUUGUUUUUUGUCUGUGGUAAAUGUUGCAUCAGUGACAAUCAAACACAAUGCCACUCUCUCACAUCUCUCGUGUCACCUGUGGCUUUAAGGGGCCUGGGGGCUCGAAAACAAGAUUUUCGAGGUCUAUUUUGUAUUGAUUUUUUUUAUUUUAUCUGAUUUAUGUGUGUAAGUGUGUGUGAGUGUUUCCAUUAUUUCCCAUCCAAAUGAAAAAAAA